AUGAGUCGACGAGCUCAGCAGCAACAAGUUGCCGGAGGGGAUGACAAAUUAGAUCCCAGGGGAUACUACGGAAGCAGGCUGAAGUCAUUUAUGGCCCAAAGGUCAACCGGGAACAACCUGAACCCGAACCCGUACUCGUACGAGUUCCAACCCUCAACGAGCAUUCCGGAAUUCAAGAAGAAUUAUAUGAAUCAAUUGGAAAGUGGGCAGCGUCUUGAAGAUGAAGGUGUUUCGUUGUCGGGUCGGAUUAUGGCAAAACGGGAAUCAGGGAAGAAUCUUUUCUUCUACGAUUUACUCGAUGACGGCGAAAGGGUUCAGGUUAUGGCGGAUGGGCGGCAAUCCGAUUUAUCGCCGGAAGAGAUCGCAGAGUUUCACUCCGGCGUUAAGCGCGGUGAUGUCGUCGGCGUUGUCGGGUUUCCGGGCAAAACCCAGAGGGGGGAGCUCAGUCUUUUCCCGGAGAAGUUCACAAUUUUGGCACCAUGUCUGCACAUGCUGCCAUGGAGAUUAAAGAACCAGGAAAUCUGUUACAGGCAACGUUAUUUGGACCUCCUGUUUCAUCCCGAAGUUCGGGAAAAGUUCGAAACCCGAGAUCAAAUCAUCUCUUACAUACGGAGCUUUCUGAAGAAUCUCGGGUUCUUGGAGGUGGAAACACCAAUGCUGGACAGGGUUGCCGGGAGAGCAGCAGCAAGGCCAUUCCUUACCCAUCGCAAUGUCCUGAACAUGGAUCUUCAACUGCGUAAAUCGCCCGAAUUGAAGCUGAAGCAGCUUGUUGUUGGUGGGAUGAAUCGUGUUUUUGAAGUAGCGAAGCUUUUCAGGAAUGAAGCAAUCGACCAAACUCACAACCCUGAGUUUACAGCUUGUGAAUUUUAUAUGGCUCAUGCUGAUUAUAAUAAGCUGAUGAAGAUGACUGAAGACCUAUUGAGCGGAAUUGAUAUGUUACCGGAGCUCAGGAAGUUCGUAACAAUACCCGAAGAUCUCUCUAGUGAUGAAGCUCACCAAUGCUUGGUAGAUUUAUGUGCUAAUCUACAAAUUGAAUGUCCACAAACGAUAGCUAGGAUGUUGGAUAAGCUUGUAGGGUACUUUCUUGAAGAGACCUGUGUGAACCCAACAUUCAUUAUCAACCAUCCUGUGGAAAUGAGCCCGUUGGCGAAAGAGCAUUGUUCGAUACAAGGGUUGACAGAGCGAUUUGAGUUAUUCGUUAAUAGGAAUGAGCUCUGUAAUGCAUACACUGCAUUGAAUGAUCCUGUGGUGCAACGCCAGCUAUUUGUUGACCAGCUAAGGGAUAGACAAACCGGCGAUGAUGAGGCCAUGGCUUUGGAUGAAGAUUUUUGCACUGCCCUUGAAUAUGGUUUAUGCCCAACUGGUGGAUGGGGAUUAGGCAUUGAUCGUUUAGUUAUGCCUUUGACGAUUCUCAAAGUUUUAAGGAGGUCAUACUGUUUCCGGCUAUGA